GAAGUUCUCGGUGAGAUGCGGGUGCUUUUCAACCUAGAUUCGGGAGUGCAAACCCAGUGCUGCCUAGCCCUCUCCGCCGGGCUUUCCCUGUGCAUUCCCGGCAGCUUCUUCCUGAGGGUCUCUCCCGAGUUGAACCACCAGGUGGCGCCUCUCGCGAAGGGACUUCAUCUCUGUAACAGCUGGAGCUGCAGUUGCCUGGAAACCGAAACUGGGAGUUCCAAACAAUUGGGUCCAGGAAUCCUCAGCGAGCACGAUCGUGAGCGCCUGCGCUCCCAAAAAGAGCGUCUCGCUCGGCAUUUAAGCAUGCCUCCCACCCGGGACCCUUUCCAGCACCCUACGUUAGAUAACGAUGACUUCUAUUUGGGAAAACCGCGGGCUUCCAAGAAAUCUUCAUUCAAGAACCCAACUCAUCUCGCUCAGCAACAGGAUCCCUGGAGUCGGCUCAGCUCAACUCCUACGAUCACCUCCAUGAGGCGAGAUGCCUAUUUUUCUGAUUCCAAGAUACCAAAGGAUGAUCUCGACUUCCGCUUAGCAGCCUUGUAUGACCACCAUACUGGGGCCUUCAAGAACAAAAGUGAGAUAUUGUUACACCACGAGACCAUCCAAGACACUCAUGAAAUUAUCAAGACUCAGUUCCCUGGAGAAUGUUUACCCCUUUCUCCUCCACCCCCCAUCACGUCCCUGGCUACCAUCAGACAGUGGAUCAACCCUAAGAAGGAGUCCAUCCACAGCGUCCAGGGAGCAAUAGUGUCCCCUCAUUCUGCAGCCACCCAUGGAGGUUAUUCCCGAAAGAAUGACGGUGGCUUCUUCUCCACCUAGUAGUGGCGGGCUGCUAGACUAAUCAGAGUGGAACAUCCUGCUGUCUACCUCUAUUAAACAUUUGUGCAAGACAGUGCCUGAAGUCUCCGUUACCCAUGACUGGGUUACCUCUUGACUGCUCUUAAAAUAUGAGAGGGAAUCUUCCUGACCUCUAGAAAUUAGUCCUGUUGGGUUUAUUUGCAAUUUGGAAGUUCAUCUUGCUGAAGAGAUAAGGAUUUAGGACAGAACAGUCCAGUUUGUGGCAGGACAUAGCAUUCACAUUUUGUAAACUGAAGUCACUCCAAUUGCAGAGCCAUCCACUUGUCACAUCUCACAAACCUUUAUGUCUGGAAUUGAGUUAAGUGCACAUAGCCCAUUCUUCUGAUGAACUCUGUUGAGUUUAUGAACAUUGUAAUGUCAGCAGCUCCAAGUAGCAUUACUACUUAUGCAAGGCCACACUACGGAUUUCGGACCUCCUGGGUGUGGUCAUCUGCUGGACUCUUCACUGAGGGCUCCAUCACUCUCGUCCUCCAAUCCUGGCCAUCACUGUUCAGUCUCUUAAAUCUGCCACUGUCUCCUUCCCUGAAAGACAGUUCUCUUUUCUGUGUCUGUGCUGCAGUAUAUACUCUCAAUUCUUAUGAACAAUGUUCAAAAGUCUGAUACUUGGGUUUGACGGUACCUAAAACUUGAUGCACUAUUGUGAUUUCUAAAAUUACAAAUCACAGGAAACUGCUGUCAUAAAAAAGACUGGACAAGAAAAUGGGCCAGUGAAACUUUACAAUAUUGUAUAAUAAAUUCCCAUCUCUAAGUUAGACAAUGUAUAUAUUAUCAAGUAAUUCAGACUUAAAAGGACUUCUUCUGCAUACUCAAAUGUCGGGUCCUUAAACCAAAGUGUCACAAUCCCUUUCCACUGGGACCCUCUAAUCUAUUUAGAUAGUUAUCUCCUGGCAAUACAAAGUUUCAGUUCUAUUAUUUUACUUUUCUUUUUGGUACCAGGGAUCGAACUUGGGUCCUUGGGCUUGCACAGCAGGCAGCAAAACCACUGAGCUAAAUCCCCGGCCCAGUUCUAUUAUUUUAAACAGCUGAAGGUGGCAGAGAGUGGUGGCUCAUUCAGAUUAUUUCAGAUACUGAACACCAAAAAAAUGUACUAGCCUGACAUGGUGGGGCACACCUGUAAUUCCAGCAUUCUGGGAGGCUGAGGAGGAUGCAAACUCAAGCCCAGCCUGGACAACUUAGCAAUUAACCAAGAGACUGACUCAAAAAAAAAAAAAAAAAAAA